GGACACCAACAAAGGCAUCCAGCAGAUCGAUCGAGCUCUUCAGCUAAGAACGUGUAGUACGUGCCACGCCACUCUAGCUACAGGCCUCGCACAAUGCAGCAGCAGAUGGCCGGCCUCGUUCAUCAUCAGGCCAUCGGGAUGGUGAGCUUCAGCUCCGGCGCCAAUGCCCGCCACCACGUGGCGGUGCACGCCGGCCGGGCGCGUCUCGGCAGGGUCACGGCGGCUGCGCGGCCCAAGUACUGCCCGCUCCGGGGCGCGGCUGCCGUCGCCGCCCCCUUGGCCAGCGGCCGCGAGCUGCUCGACCAACACACUCGCCCUAGCAACACCACAUCGAGCCAGCAGCUUACUACCACCGUCAGGAAGGACAAGUUUUUCGAGAUCGAGAUGGAGGUGCGCGACGACGAGCUUGACGAGUACGGCGUCGUCAACAACGCCAUCUACGCCAGCUACCUCCAUAGCGGUCGUGACGUGGUGCUUGAGAAGCUGGGCAUCAGCGUGGACUACUGGACAUCCACGGGCAACGCCAUGGCUCUUUCAGAGCUCAACCUCAAGUAUUUCGCGCCUUUGAGGAGCGGCGACAGGUUCGUCGUGAAGGUGAAGCCUGUCCAAAUCAAAGGCGUGCGGAUGAUUGUGGAGCACAUGAUCGAGGCCCUGCCGGAUCGUAAGCUCGUCAUGGAAGGCAGAGCGACCGUCGUUUGCCUCAACAAGGACUUCCGUCCAACUCGGGUAUUCCCGGAGUUAGCAGCAAGAGCCAAGGAAGUUUUCUCCUGCAAGGUUGCAUAAACGACGACGACUACUACUACUAGAGGCGUAAUAUAUAUAGUAGUAGUAACAGAUAAUAAGAUGCAAGCACGAAGGAAAGCAAAUUCUACUCACUGCUUUGGCGGUCUCUCUUCUGUGCUGUCAUGGUCGUGUAUAUGGUUCAAUUCGUUCCGCUAAAUUUUGUACAUCAAUCAAAUCGUAUAAAUAAAUAAAUAAAUAAAUGAGAA